CCCCGAACCCCGCCUGCAUCGAUCGAUACCAUCCUGUAGUAUUAUCACGACAAUUUAACCUGUCACAAUGAUGAGAAAGGAGAGCCUGACAGGUUAAGGUUUGGGAUACCACGCCGGUAAAUCAAACUAAUCUAUCACCUUAACCGGUCAAAGACAUACCAUCCUGUCACAAUGACUCUGUAGACAUUGCCUUUGUCGUUGCGUGCAACAUUAACAGCUAUAUAAUAUGUGGCAGGAAACUAUGUGAUACAUAUCAUGAGAAACGGGAGUUUGUAGUUGCCGUGGUUCUGAAGAUGUAGUUUCAGAAUGUAGUUAUUUUGUGUCCAUCAAGAUUGCUGCUGUUACAUGUAAUUGUCAUGUGAAAUAUGUUGCAGGGUACCUUCACAAGACAACCUUGCAGUCUGAAGACAUAAUCCAGAAAAUCAACACAUAUUCUUGGAGCUUGGAUGAUGAGGCUGAGUAUCAUGCAUUGAUGCUAUGUUUCAUCUAUGUGUGAUAAUGGAGUACCUCUUAGUAGUUUGCCUUCGGUAGGCAGGUGUUUUUUGUCUAAGUUCAAGCCUUCAUUGUGAAGUAUUUAUAAUUUCCAGCUUAUAAAUUUGUACGUUCACACCUUCCCAAGACCACAAUCAGACUAAGAAGAUGCCUAAAUAAGCUGUGAGGCUGCGUAUAUAUAAGUGUUUCUGUAAACCGAUCUAAAUCAUUCUACUAUCCGUACAACUAUCUUCAAUACAAUUGGCAUUGCAUUAUAUUUCUAGCUACAUCUCCUACUUACUCAGUACUAACAUCACUUCUAACUGGCGUCACGGUCGAGUGGAAGGGUGUCCCUGGUGACGUCACGGACAAGCCAGGAGAAGGACGACGCCCGGGUUUGGCCCCGGGCCUCUGGGGAGUUGGUGAUGGCGUCAUGGUAGACCCGGGCCUCGGGGCAGUUGGGGAAGGUGUCAUGGGGGCCCGAGCCUCCUCCUCGGACAAGGCUGCGACGAUCUGAGCUCCGGUCGAGGGGCAGCGACACUCCCUCGCUCGGCUGUGCGUUCGCCCGGCCAGUGUGGUGCAGCAGCAGUAGCGACCACCACUGCCAAGGAGCUCCAGCAAGCAUGUGCACAUGCUCUCCUUGCCCCUGAGCUCCUGCAACAACAACAUCAACAACAACGUGUGGUUGUUUGGUUCCACUUGCUGUGUUCAACAGAAACUGACAUCCAACACUGCUAUUCUAAGGUGGUUUAAUGAGGAACAGGAGGAAAUUGUUGUAGAACUGGGAUUAAAGCAUGUAAGAGUGUUGAUGGAUGCGACUCGGAGCAGGCCUCGGCUUGCACCUAAUGUGUGGGCAUAUGCAACUGAAGUUGAUGAAGCAAAGCUGAUGCAAGAUGAUUCUGAAGCAGCGGCAGGUGCAGAGGCUCAUUCGAGGAGCGCCAGUAGGCGACCGAUGCGUUGCUCUCCCGUCGUUCUUUCUUCGUCAGGAAAGGCGCAGCCUGCUACUCAAGCCCCUCUCCUUCGCUCCUUGCAGAGCAGGAGAGGCAUGGGCGCCACCACACUCGGGAGACGAGGACGAGGUGGCCGCCGCUGCACCCCCACGCCGUGGACGCGAAGAGACCCAUCCUCUCUGCCCUCGAUAACCACUUCGGCGGCAGCAGCAAUGGCCUCUUCGUGGCAGGGCAGACCGCAGGGUCGUCUUCCUCUCCGGCCUCUUCCACACCAUCAGAUUCAGGCCCUCUCCCUCUGCAUCUCUGUAAAAAUAUGCUGGCAGCAGAACAAUUUAUCAUGCUUAGCUUGCAAGGUGGUGAUUGCAACCAUGUGCAUGACUCCUUAUGACUCUCAGCAGCAAGACGAUCUCCGGCAACCUAGAGUGUCAGGGUGUUCAAAAUUUUCUUCUUCUAGGAAUGAUUGAGUUCACUCUUCUUCCUGAGCCGUUGGCUGUUGGCCGUGUGGAAGCAUGUCAGCUACCGGGGGAAUGAGAAUCUGUAGCAUGCCACUACUAUGCUUACCACCAACAAAGCCAAGGUCUCAUCUUUGAAAGAUUAAGGUUACUUUGCAGGGAGAUGAGACCCAUACCGAGACAUGACAAAUGGAUGGAUACAGAGCUAGCUAGGCGCACAACACUAUAAUAAACUUUGCACUGAAACUUUGGUAAUCAACAAUACAUAGAAACAUGUUGGCCCCUCUUCAUUUGUGCCCUUAGUAAAUUCAAAUUUGGUAGUGGCACUGCAUGCCUAAAACUCUCCUGUAGGUUGGUUCAUUGAUUUAGAUUGAUACAAUUGUCCAAGAAGCCAAUUAAUUGAUUUGGAAUCUAUUGUGGUGCAUUAUCUAAGCUUGAAUUGUUAGUGUCGUUUAAAAAUAUCUCUUGCUUUUAAAGUAGUAUUAGUAAAAUGGCUAAAGCGCGCAUGAGAGUCUAAAUCAGUUUAAAUCAUAACAGUCUCUUGUUUUCUUCAAAGAAUUUUCUGGUUGCAUAAAUAAGUCGUGAGGAAGAUUUGGAUGCAAGCACCCAUCUUUCAUGAGAGAGACCUAUGUUGUACAUUUGAAUUCUUCUAUGUUUAUACUCUGCCAAGUUAUCUCAAGCAUAUGAUUUUACUUUGGUACAUGUUGAUUAUAUAACUGGAUGCAUAUGCAUAAAUCAAGGAUAAGCAGCAGAAGGACAAGUUGUAUUUCUCGAGAUGUUCUCUUCUUUAUUUUACAUGUUAAAGCAUGGACCUUCUUGCUCAGGUUUCAGAUUUCUCAACCAUACUUCCAUGCAAAUAUUAAUUCUUGACUCGUUAUUCAGUAACCUCGCACAUGUCCAUUUUCUAUCUAUAUCGUCAGUAUUAAACUUCAUACAUAACUCCUUAUAUUCUUAGGUUUAGAACAUUGCAAAUCAGGGUAGGCGGUGCAUUUGGAAGGUUCAUAUUCUAUUCAAAAGCAUUUCAUCGAUAGUCAAAUGCUUCACAGUAGAAUAUGCUACCUCAUUUUUUAGGUGUCCUAAGGUUCAUAUUUCGUUGCGUUAUCAAAAGCAGCAUGUUUUAUUGUUUUAGUUAGCAUUGCACUAAUCAAAGACCACAAAAAAUACACGUGCGCGCCCUUAAAGAACCGCGCCUAUAUAGAUGUCGCGUACUGAACCAUAGAUAUAUAUAUUCUCCUUGCAUAUACAUUUCUUUCUACUCAAUAUUGUAUGUAGAUGUCCAUCUGUAGAUAAUGUGGCCCAUAGAAUGUGAUAUGUUCUUUUAUCUUGGAACCAAUUUAUGUAGCGAGGCCGACGAUUUGACUAUAACAUUAUUUCUCCUUCGACUGAAUACUGCAUCUUUUUUGCAAUUGUCCCAAAUGUUUUAUAGCUCCUAAGUUGCGUGUCAUUGAAGCCAGUUGGAAAAUAUGAUGUGUCUUAAGAUAAUCAUAACAUAACUGAAUAUAUCAAGCAUGCUAAUGGCAUUAGAUUAACUUUCGAGGAAUAUGACAGGAGACGAUGACCGCUACCAUGAUUUUAUGGCACCUUAGUAGGAGACGAUGACCGCUACCAUGAAUAGGUUUAAAUGUCGCAUGGCUUCCAUUGAACAGAACCAAGAUAGAAAACAACUGUGCAUAAACUUAUAACAUAAACUGUUGCUGCUUUGUUGGUUUUAUCGAGGAUGUUUUCUUCAAGCAUGUGCUAAUCACGCGCUAUUUUCUUUUUUCACUUUCAUUAUUCCUCCGGCUCAAGUGAUAGCCACAUUCUGAAAGGAGCGAGGGUUGACAACCCGAUCUACAACAGCGACGAUCCAGGCCUUCCAAACGCAGUGUACUCAACACAGAAGGCAAGGACGGUUGGUCUUGACGCAACCAUUCACUAUCCAUCAAAGCACCAACUAGACAACCGACUUCCAAGGAAAUCAAUAUCCAUCUACGUGUACGGUAAACUCAAAGAAGCUGAAGAUCGACCGGCAACUGAAGCUCUCAAGUAGUCUUAAGUGAAGUGAAGGAACUUUACCGCAUAAUAGAUACAAACUUCACAGCAAGAUCAACACCCAAAGCCAACAGUUUGAAACAUAUUUUGUCACAGAUAAGAUAUGUUGCUGAUCGUCUUAACGAUACAAUCAAAAGCCGAUAUAUAGAAAACAAACAAAUAUUAUUGGAGCCUGGACGAUGGUAUCGAAGGAAUUUCUGCUCUGAGCAAUGCAGGCCAUGAAGAACAGCAGCUAUAAAGACUUGCCUCAAAGAGAUCAUUCUAAACAUCCAGCAAUACAUCUGUCUAAUGUAGCUCUGCCUAUCUACAUGCUUUGCUCAUAAAAUUAUAAAUGAUCGUUCGUAAGCUUCUUAAAAAACAUGUAUCAUCCGCAACCAUCUAUCUAUCAUCAAUACGUACUUAUUUCCAUA